GAUUUUGGUGGUAGUAGAAGCUCCGGGUGGAAAGGCUGAAUUAGGAAUUAGAUCAGAUUUUGGAAGGCUGGAAUGUUAAGGAGAAGGGCUUUUCCCUUUUAUUCUCUAGGCAGUAGGGAGCCAUGGAAAAAUGUCUACAUAAAGGGGUGUGCUAGGAAGAUGAAUUAGCAGAAUGGGUCGGAAACAGGAAAGAUUGGAAGUGGAUCAUUCCAGAAUUGAUUGGCCACACCAUUGUCACGUUAUUGAUGCUCGUUUCAUUGCACUGGUUCAUCUUCCUUCUCAACUUGCCUGUUGCCACUUGGAAUAUAUAUCGGUUCAUUAUGGUGCCAAGUGGUAACAUGGGAGUGUUUGACCCAACAGAAAUCCACAAUCGAGGGCAGCUGAAGUCACACAUGAAAGAAGCCAUGAUCAAGCUUGGCUUCCACCUGCUCUGUUUCUUCAUGUAUCUUUACAGUAUGAUCUUAGCGCUGAUAAAUGACUGAAGCUGGAGCAGCCGUGGUGGGAGUCAGCUACACUACAGUGCACAGUCGAGGAGCCAGAGAUGCUCCCAUCAUCCUUAGGACCGUAACCAUAGCAGUAUAUUUUUUCCUCUUUGAACAAAAAAAUAUUUUUGCUGUAUUUUUACCAUAUAAACUAUUUAAAAAACAUGAA